AUGGGAAAUACAACAUAAAUGAUAAUGCUGAUAAAACAGAAAAACAUGACUUGUAUUUGAUUGGAAAAAAUUAUGAAUUGAAGUGGAGGUUUUGUGAUAAUAGAGUAAAACUGUGUAAUAAAGAUGCCACAUGGAGUUAGAACAUGUACGACUGUUUAAUUUUGAUAUGUUUAAGGCUUGGUGAUACUUACUUCAAGCUCAGUAUUUUUUUCCUCCCAGUGACAUUUUCUAAUUUGCUCACUGCGGGAGCCCUGCGGAACAUUUCACUUGGCAGCUUCAGAAACACUUAUGAGAUGUUAUGAAUUGGUUGUUUAUUAGGAUAGACUCCGGAGAAACCAAUAGUUUUUUUUAACUCGCUGAGAUUUUUGAAAGUUUUUAUUUUGUGAUGAAAGGGAUAGCCUUUUUCAAAAUGAUUGUUUUUCAGAUAAGAUUUUAAUCUCUGUUAUUUUAUUGAUUAUUAAGUUUUAAAGUUGGUGACAUUUUAAUUUUGUUGUUGGGACUUUGCUUACGAGAUCUCAGAGAUCGCUGGAAACAGUUGCUUCUAUUUUAUCUGCUCACAUCAGCGUACAGUGUGAUUAAAUAACGGAAACUGAGAGUUACAGUGGCAGAAAAUAGAAAAUAUAAUGUAAACCUUUAAGCAAUAGCUUUUCUAGAUUCUUAGACUAAUUGUAGAAAACAAGUGCUUCAGUGAAAAUGCUUUACAAAAUGGACAACUUGACUUGAAUAUAAUAUUGUUUAAUAACGAUUGGCAAACAUUUUCAUAGAUGUUUUUCAUGUAGUUAAAAAUUGAAGAAAGAAAAACAUUAAUUAUUUUUCGGAGGUUGUUAUUUUUUUAUAACAAUAUGGUGAUUAAUUCUUUGCAAAAAGCUGUUUUCCGCAUGAAUUAGUUCAGUUAUUACUUAUUCAAAAAUAACCUGUUCAUUAGAAGUAGAUUGUAAUUUAAUUGAUUGUGAACAGGGGAGAAAAUAAUCUAUGACUUCUGACAAAAAAUAUAGUGAAAAUAAUGGAGAAAACAAAGAUUGUUUCCAGUAUAGAGGAAAGAAAUUAUUUUACAUAAUUGAAGUGUUGUUAUACUGUAUUACAGAAAAGGGAAAAAGUAAUUUUGAAAUAAAUGAAAGCAAGGUGUGAUAGUCAAAAAGUCUGGUGUUAAUAAUUGCAAAAUUGUAUUUAUGUGUAAGACUAAAUAAGUUGUAUUUUCUUGUUAUAUAUAAAAUAAAUUUUGUUAGUUUGGUGUUGACAGACUGCAGGGAAAUAUAAUGUUUUGACUAGUUUUACCAGUUUUAGUAUAUUAACUUGGGAAGGAUAUUAUAUUGUGAAUGGUGCUAGAUUCAGUGUUUUCAUGUGCUCGGAUAUCUCGUGCAGUAAACUCAAUGAGGCUGUGGAAGAAGAAGAAAAUGUCUCAGUCAUAUUGCAGGUACCUGGUCCACCACACAUAUGCGGCAAACACAUUUAACAACACAAAGAUGGAGGACAUUGGCGAUGCAUUUCAUUCAAUGAAUCAUGCCGAACGGAUGAUGAAAAAGAUGGAAGAAUAUGUGAGAAAACAUUCUCUUUGUGACGUUGUGUUAGUUGCUGGGCAACGCCGUAUUCCUGCUCACAGAUUAGUGCUCAGUGCUGCAUCGGACUAUUUUGCGGCAAUGUUUACAAAUGAUGUACGUGAAGCGUCAAUGGAAGAAGUUAAAAUAAAAGAAGUAGAUCCUGAUGCAUUAGCUGCUGUUGUUAAUUUUGCUUACACAGGCUCAAUAGAACUCCGAGAAGAUACAGUUGAGAAUCUGCUGUCGACAGCAUGUAUGUUACAGCUGUCAGAAGUUGUAGAGGCUUGCUGUAAUUUCCUUAUGAAACAGCUUCAUCCGUCUAACUGUAUAGGUAUCCGACAGUUUGCUGACGCUCAGGGAUGCUGUGAUCUUUACAAAGUUGCUAAUAACUAUGUUAUGGAAAGGUUUGGAGAGGUGAUGAACACCCAGGAAUUUCUUAUUCUGCCACCAGAUGAGGUAGCUAAGCUUCUAUCCAGUGAUGAUCUCAAUAUACAGAGUGAGGAGAUAAUUUACUCAGCGCUAGUAAUGUGGAUCAAUCAUGAUAUUAACAACAGGAAGAAAUACCUCGCUAAACUCAUGUCGCAUAUCAGACUUCCACUAAUGUCUCCACAGUUUAUAGCCGACCAUGUAGAGACGAAUCCACUCUUCAAGGAUAACAAAGACUGUCAGGGUUUGAUUAUGGAGGCUUUAAAAUAUCACCUACUACCUGAGAGAAGGUCAUCAUUCCAGAGUCCAAGGACCAAACCACGUAAAUCCACUGUUGGUAUGAUGUUUGCAGUAGGUGGUAUGGAUAGUAAUAAAGGUCCAUCAACAAUAGAGAAAUAUGACUUAAGGACCAACACUUGGACUCAGGUUGCUAAUAUGAAUGGUCGACGAUUACAGUUUGGUGUGGCAGUACUGGAGAAUAAACUCUUCAUAGUUGGAGGUAGAGAGGGUCUGAAGACACUAAAUACUGUAGAAUGUUAUGAUCUGAGAAAGAAAACGUGGACCCUCAUGCCUCCAAUGUCAACUCAUAGACACGGAUUGGGUGUAGGAGUGCUAGAGGGACCUAUGUAUGCUGUGGGUGGUCAUGAUGGUUGGUCAUAUCUAAAUACAGUGGAGAGAUGGGACCCACAGGCUAAACAGUGGAGUUAUGUUGCCCCUAUGUCAACCCCUAGAAGUACUGUAGGUGUGGCUGUCCUCUUUGGAAAGUUGUAUUCUGUAGGAGGACGUGACGGGUCAUCAUGUUUAAAAUCUGUAGAAUGUUUUGAUCCUCACACCAAUAAAUGGAUGCCCUGUACACCAAUGUCUAAGAGACGUGGCGGUGUGGGCGUGACCACAUGUAACGGGUUCCUAUAUGCUGUUGGGGGUCAUGAGGCUCCAGCUACUAAUCCUACAUGUUGUAGAUUUGAUUGUGCUGAAAGAUAUGACCCCAAAACUGACCAAUGGACCAUGAUAUCUCCAAUAAGUGCACCAAGAGAUGCUGUUGGUAUGUGUUUAUUAGGGGACAGACUGUAUGCUGUAGGGGGUUAUGAUGGACAACAUUACCUGAAAGAUGUUGAGGCAUAUGACCCUAUAAAUAAUGAGUGGACCAAGGCAGCUCCGUUGAGCACUGGGCGAGCGGGGGCGUACGUUGUACAUGUGCCGCACAGUUGACAAAAACCCCGCUGGUCACUCUCAUCAUUGAGGAAGUGGCCAUCUGGAUUUUUUAAGCGGAAAUCCAAAUUGAAUUCCAGUCCAUCAACUACCUGGAUAUAAACAUUUCAUAACUCAGAUAUAACAUAACAUAGACUUGUACUAGAAUACAUUCAUCUAUCAUAAUGGUGUAUUUGUUUGAUAACAUAAAAUCAGUCUGUUUGAAUAAGAAAUCUCAAGUGAGUUCCAGUCUAUGAACAUUUAUUUCGUCAACUGUGAACCAUUCUAUAAAUUUUAUAGAAACAAUUUUUCCAUUGACAAGAAUAUUGUAAUUCUUGAAGAAAAAUACAUUUUUGUAGUGCUAGAGAUAAUGUAAGACAAUAUUUCCAAUAUUUUAUAUACUGCAAAGGGCCAAGAUCCAGUGUAGAAAUUAGGAUUCAUAACUUGGAAGGUUCAACUGAAUUUCUUACUGUAUACAUGUAGAAUCAAGUUGACUGUGAUUGAUUGUUUGAUUGAAUGCAUUAAUUUAACAUGUUAUAAUGUUAUUAUUACAUUUGUGCAAUAGGCAUGCAUUUGGAAAAAAAUCCACUUAUAUAUACCCACAAGAUGAGAAUUUUUUAUGGAAAUGAGUGAUGAUGAUGUAAUUGUGUGAAAAUUCUAUGUGUUACUUCAAAUGCACUUGCCAUAUAUAAAAAAAUGGACAAAGGGAGGUAACUCUACUUGAAUAACCUAUUUUUGUAGAGCUGUUAUUUAUUGUGAUCUAACAUGCGAAAAUGACAAACUGAAAAGUUACAGUGAAACUCCACAUUUAUGUGUGCAUUUGUAGAUUAAUUUUGUUAAACAUCUGGAUUUAGAGAUGAUUAAGUACACUUGCUGAUUUUGUAUCACUUUAGCAAAUGUUUAAUGAGUAAACAUAUAUGCUGUGUGGAAGGUGGAAAUGAAUUUGCAUAAUAUUUUAUGUGUAUUUAAAUGGUUUUAUUUCUCAGAA